CACGCACGCGCGUCUUCGGGAUUUGGGCUCGAGAGUCCGACAAAGUUUUGGAGGAGAAGAAGAAAAGGAAGAAGCAGGAAUCGUGUCGUUUUGGAGGUGAAAUGUUGCAGCUGCACUAAAUGGUGGCGUGGUGCCCAGUGGGCCGGGCCAGGAGGCUCCUGGUCAUCUUGAUGUGGGCGUGGCUUCAUGGACACGUUUUUGGGUGCGAGUGGUCCAAGUGCGGGUCUGUGUUGACCGAGUCCGAGGGCUGGCUGACAUCUCCGUGUUACCCGCACAAGUACGGCAACUCCCAAACUUGCCGAUGGAUCCUGCGAGCGCCGUCGGGCUUCGUGGUGCAGAUCUCGGUCGAGGACUUUGAGCUGGAGGAGGCGCCGGGAUGCAUCUACGACCGUCUGACUGUCUCCACGGGCAAUGGAGAGGUCAAGUUCUGCGGUCUGACGGCUGCUGGCCUCAUGCUCAACUCCAGCGGGAAUGCAAUGGACCUGGAAUUCACUUCUGACUUCAGCGUUCAGAAAAGGGGCUUCAGGAUCAGCUUCAGACACGUCGCCGUGGCGUUGAGAAAUCAGAAGGUGAGCAUCACUGGCGACAACGUACCGGGAGCCAAAGUGUCGUCUUCUGUUGCCAUGCCGACACUGCAUCACCUGACACUGUGCUUGGAGAUGGAACGCAGCGGGCCGCCACAACAGGCGGAGUGGAUCUUCACGUACACCAACGCAGACGGAAACAUGGCGUUGGCGCUGGGUGCGGACGCUGGCGGCCGCGUCAAAAUGGUGGUGGCAGGCGCGACAUGCUCGCUGGACUCCAUUGUGACAGCGGGCGACUGGACGUCCUCCAUGAGCGGCUUGUGCGUGCUGUGGGCAUCGUCCGGUGGCCGCGUGGGCGUCUACUUCAACGGCAACCACUGGGCCAAGACCUGCUCGGAUUCCAGCGGGCGCUCCGUGCUGGGUGGCGGCACCUUUCGCCUGGGAGGGCCGAGCAACUUUUUGGGCAGCAUGUACAAUGUUCGCCUUUGGGACUACGCCAUGACGGUACAGCAGCUCAACGCGCUCACCUGCCACGUGGCAGGAAACGUCAUCGACUGGGACAAAAACUUCUGGGACGUACCUCCCACCCUGGCCCAGACGGACGCCGGCCUAAGCUGCAGUGUGUCACCACCCAGCAAUGGCUCCCUCCACGGCAACUGCGACUCCACCCACCUGGGAUGUCCAGCCGCUUCCUCUCCCGCUGACUCCACUAACACCAUCCAUGCUACUAAUGCAACACAUACACACGAGGCCUUGUUCUACAGACUGGCUGUGGUGGUGCAUGAUGGGAGCUCGACCCUAACUCGAGCUGCCGUGGAGGAAGCCGUGGGCUUCUGGCUCAACGAGACCUUCCACAACUGGACUCACGCCGCCUCUGUGGACUCGCUCAGCGUCCAGCCUGCAGGUCACUCAAGCUUCCUGUGCCGUGCCCUGCUGCGCCACCAUGAGAUCACUGAUGACAUCACAGAUGUACCUGUGGAGGUCCGUGACAGAAUCUCCAGUGGCGACCCUCGGAUUGGCGCCGGUCUCGAGGUCCACGCGCACUCCAUACGUGUCAACGCCUUGGAGAACUGUCCAGAAGACGACACAGUUCACUACCGCUGGCCUGAGACCCCGCCCAGCGUAGCUCAGCUUCUGCCGUGCUUCCCCAACAAGGAGCAGAGCGCCACCCGCAGCUGCAUGAUCGACCUUCACGACUUUUCAUCCUUCUGGUCAUCCGCCGACUUCAGCAACUGCACCGACAUCGAUGCCAUCCAAGUGUCGGCAGAGAAUGCGGCCGAGGUCGCCGUGCAGCUCGCCGCCAUCACCGACAACCAGCUGUCCCGGGAAGAGGUCUCCAAAGUGGUGGGAAAAGUGCAGCAGCUGGUGGACGUGGCCAACAUCAACACCAGCUUGGCCUCCACCGUGGUCACAAUCAUCUCCAACGUGAUGAGCAGCCCCCACAGCACCCUCGCACCUGCCUCAGACAGGGCAUUAAAGGCGGUGGAUCAUCUUUUGGACAAGUUGCAGUUUGAAGGCUCGAGCGUGAGCAUCAGAUCCAGACGUCUGGCUUUAGGGGUGUCUGCCUUUAACUCGUCUGCCUUUAAUGGGACCUCUUUCAGCGCCUUCAUCCCAACAAAUGCCACCGACCCUCAGAUUGACUUUGAGUCAGAGCGAAUCAAUUCGCUGGCUCAAGUCACGCUCCCGUCCUCGUUGCUGUCGGGGGCGAAGCCAUCGUUGCCGAUCCGCAUCAACUUCCUGUUCUUCAGCACCACCAGCCUCUUCCAGCUGGAGCAGGACGGCCGCGCGCUCAUCAGUUAUGUGGUGGCGAGCAGCGUUGGAAACCGCAGCAUCAGCAACCUGCAGGAUCCUGUGGAGAUCCACAUCACUCAUUUGUCACCUCAAACCAUCCUCAGUCCAGUGUGCAUGUUUUGGGACUUCAGCAUGAAUGGUGGUGCCGGAGGCUGGAAUGGCGAUGGCUGCCGCGUGUCCGAAGAAUCUGCCGUCAACAAAACGGUUUGCCUGUGCGACCACCUGACGCACUUUGGCAUCCUGAUGGACAUUUCAGGAGUGUCACCGCACAUCGACCGGCGUAACAACCGCAUCCUGACCUUCAUCACCUUCAUUGGCUGCGGUGUGUCGGCCAUCUUCUCAGCCGCCACGCUGCUCACCUACGUCGCCUUCGAGAAGCUGCGUCGAGAUUACCCGUCCAAGAUUCUGAUGAAUUUGAGUGCGUCGCUGCUGCUCCUCAACAUGAGCUUCUUGCUCAAUGGCUGGUUGUCGUGGCAACGCAGCGAGGCUCUAUGCCUGGCGGCGGCCGCGCUGCUUCACUACUUCCUUUUGACGUCGUUCACGUGGAUGGGCCUGGAGUCGGUGCACAUGUACAUCGCGCUGGUCAAAGUGUUCAACACGUACGUGCACAGAUACAUCCUCAAGUUCUGCCUACUGGGCUGGGGCAUUCCCGCCGUGCUGGUGGGAUUGGUCCUGGUGGUGGAUAAACGCUCAUACGGACCCCAGGAGUAUGGCGGCGACCAUUUUGGUGAAGGAUCGUCACAGUUCUGCUGGAUCCGAAGUGCUCUGGUGUUCUACACGGCGUGCGUGGCCUACUUCUGCCUCGUCUUCCUGCUCAACGUGGCCAUGUUUAUUGUGGUCAUGCUGCAGAUCUGCGGACGCAAUGGCAAGCGCGGAAACCGCACACUGCGGGAAGAGGUGGUCCGUAACCUUCGCAGUGUGGUCAGCUUGACCUUCCUACUUGGGAUGACGUGGGCCUUCGCGUUCUUUGCCUGGGGACCAGUCAGCCUCGUCUUCGUCUACCUCUUCGCCAUCUUCAACUCGCUGCAAGGAUUCUUCAUCUUCUUCUUCCACUGCGCUCUCAAAGAGAACGUUCAGAAGCAGUGGAGACGCUCGCUUUGCUGCGCUCGCUUCAGACUCUCGGACAACUCUGACUGGAGUAAAACGCCGACCAACAACACCAAGAAGGCGGCUUCGGAGCAGGCCGUACAGUCCUUGUCGUCAGGCUCGUUUGGCUCCAGCGCUGCCUACUGGACCUCCAAAGUCAGACUGACGCCUUUCAACAAUGCAGAAAAACAAAAUCAGACCAGCCCUUUUUCCUCAAAGGUGGCGUCCAUCUCGUCAUCAUCGUCUGUCCUUCCCGUCAGCCAGAUGAUUGACAGGGUCAAAGGUUACUGCUCCACGCGCUCUGAUGGCUUCUAAAAGAAUAUCACUGACCAACAGCUAAGCCUCAUCCCCCCCCACACCCUGUUCUGGACUGCAGGACACAGACAGAAUGCCAUGAUGUCACAACAAACAGGAAGUGACAUAAUGGCGUGGCCCCUACAAGAAUUCAUUGUGAAUGUCCAGUGACUGCUUGGUGGUUGCCUAAUGGUCGCCAGGUGGUCCUCGCAUGGUUAACGGGUGCUCCCCGUGUGGUUGCCUGAUUGUUGCCGUGUGGUCCCCACCUGGUCACUGGGUGGUCCCUUUGAUGGUGGCUCAAGUUCCCCGCCAUAAAUGAAGGCCAGGAAUAUCAAAAAUGGAGAGAGUAAUUUCUCAUAACUAUUUGACGUUUUAUCAAUGUUGUUCCAGUGGGAUUGGUUCCAUCUGCUUUCAAUCACUUCACCUGACAAUCCCAAACAUGAGCCAACCACUGUCCGACCUCAUGCAAAGCGGUUCCAUGUGACCUUGGACACUUUUGCACCGUCCUGUGAAAGCAUAUAGUGCUGAGUCAUACAUAGUGUGAAGGGCAAUAACUAUGUUUCAAUCUUCAGAUUGGAUAUGUAGAACUUUCAGCACAAGCUUUAAGUGUAACAACUUUUUCCUGAUAUUUUAACAUCCAACUGCAUGUGCUUUAAAUUUUGCCUCUAACAAAAGGCAUUUCAGUGGUGUCUCAGUAGGGGGCAAUAUGUAAAAGAGGACUUACUGCGCUCCUUGCAACUCUAUCUGACUACAUGAACAGAAUAA